CUCCUAUUAAUUAACAACAGCAAGAUGGUUGCCGGAGUAGGUCCCAACGGUGGCGGCGGCGGCGGCGAGUAUCCGGGCAGGUUCACCGGCUUCGUGGCGGUGACAUGCAUCUUGGGCGCCAUGGGCGGUCUCAUCUUCGGCUACGACAUUGGCAUCUCCGGUGGUGUGACGUCCAUGGCUCCGUUCCUGAAGAAAUUCUUCCCCGGAGUAUACCACAGGGAGAUCAACGACCGGUCGCACAGCCAGUACUGCAAGUUCGACGACUUCACCCUCACCGCUUUCACCUCGUCGCUGUACGUCGCGGCUUUCUUCGCCUCCCUCGUCGCUUCGACCGUCACUAAAAAGUUCGGCAGGAAGUGGUCCAUGUUCCUCGGUGGACUCAUCUUCCUCUCCGGCGCUCUCCUCAACAUGUUCGCUUCUCACGUCUCCAUGCUCAUCGUCGGCCGCAUACUCUUGGGUAUCGGCGUCGGCUUCUCCGUCCAGUCGGUCCCACUGUACGUGUCGGAGAUGGCGCCGCACAAGUACCGAGGCUCCCUCAACAUCGUGUUCCAGCUGUCAAUAACGGUCGGGAUCUUCGCGGCCAACCUGGUCAACUACUUCACCCCGAGGCUGACCGUCGUGGACGGGUGGCGCGUCAGCCUGGGAGGCGCGUGCGUGCCGGCCCUCAUCAUCAUGGUCUCCUCCUUCUUCCUCCCCAACACCCCCAACUCCAUGCUCGAGCAGGGCAAGCCGAAAGAAGCCCGCGAGAUGCUCCGCCGCAUCCGCGGCGUCUCCGACCAGGAGGUGGAGGCCGAGUUCCGCGGCAUCGACGAGGCCAGCGCCGCCGCCAGGGCCGUGGAGCACCCGUGGCGGAACAUCCUCCUCCGCCGCAACCGGCCGUACCUCGUGAUGUCCCUCCUCAUCCCGUCGUUCCAGCAGCUCACCGGGAUCAACGUCGUGAUGUUCUACGCGCCCGUGCUGUUCCAGUCCAUCGGGUUCAAGAGCGACGCCGCCCUCCUCUCCGCCGUCAUCACGGGGACCGUCAACGUCCUCGCCACGUUCGUGUCCAUCUACGGCGUAGACAGGUGGGGGCGGAGGUUUCUCUUCCUCGAAGGCGGCGUCCAGAUGAUUGGUAGCCAGGUGGCGAUCGCCGCGCUGAUUGGGUGGAAGUUCGGGGUUACCGGCGACGUGACGGUGCUUCCCGCGUGGUACGCAUGGCUGGUGGUGGGGCUGAUCUGCUUCUACGUGGCGGGAUACGCGUGGUCGUGGGGCCCGCUGGGGUUCGUGGUCCCCUCGGAGAUCUUCCCGCUGGAGAUAAGGUCGGCGGGACAGAGUAUUAACGUGUCGAUGAAUAUGUUCUUCACGUUUCUGAUCGCGCAGUUGUUCCUGACGAUGUUGUGCCACAUGAAGUUUGGGCUGUUCUUGUUCUUCGCGUGUUUUCUGGUGGGGAUGUCGGUGUUCAUCUACUUCUUCUUGCCGGAGACGAAAGGGGUCCCGAUCGAGUCGGUGGCGCGUGUGUUCAGGGACCACUGGUACUGGCGCCGGUUCAUGGUGGCGGAUGAUGACGACCAUAAGGGCGGCCCCGGCGGGAAGAAGUUUCAUUCGACCGCCGUUUAGAAAUUAUUAUUAUUAUCAUCAUAUUUUUAUUUUGUAAUUAAUAGUCGGUUUUGCGUACUCUUUGAUUUUUUUUUGUAGGAAUUAGUUUGGGUAGAUAUUUGAUAUAUAUUCAGAGGAUGUUAGUGUUAUAUAUUGUUACUAAUGACCUAUAAAUAAAUAAAUAAUUAUUGGCUUCGUUUCA